AUGGCGCUGGCCGUACGUUUGGUUGAUAUUGGCGCGCAGUCUGCUCCAGCGAUCGACAUGCCCCACGUCCAGCACUACGAUGGCUGGUCCAAUAGAGCACCGCUAAUGCCCCCGGGGGACCACCUGAGGUCAUCGCAGCCAGGCAUCACCGGGUCUCGUCAGCCUGCCCUACCCGAUGCCGGACGUUGUGUGGGUUGGCGAAGCGGCGUUUCCCCGGAAGUAUAA